AUGUCAAAUAACAAAACUGAUGUCGUUCAUCCAAUCGGUUACAAUACAGGAGAACAACAUAUCGAUAAAUCAGAUACUAAUUCAUCUGGAAGCAAUUUACCACCACAAGCUGGUACAUAUGGUCAACCAGAUAGUCAUAUAUCCGGUCAAGGUGGACCAGAAAUUUUAGGUGGUUCAGCAAGUACACGAAUUCUUGGUCAGUCCGUCGAUGCACAAUUAAAUACAAUGUUACCGCCAAAAAAUGAUAAUAAAUAA